GGUCAGCCGCUGGAACAGUCAGUCAAGCAAAGCAUACCUAGCAGAGAGCAAGAGAAAAAAGGGCUGCAGCUUUUCUGAAAAGGGCCAGCGCCUUCUGGAAGCGCUGCGAUGAUGUUCCACGUGCUGGGCUAUACUGUCCUGCUAUGGGUAUGCUGUAAUGCACAGAAUGAUGGCUGUGGACCACCCCCUAGAAGAAAUAAUGAAGAGCUCACGGACCUUGCAGUCAAAAAGACCUACUCACAUGAUGAAGUCGUAACCUACAACUGCCGUCCUGGGUUCAUAAAACUUGGACGUAUUAGAGUGAAGUGUAACAAUGGAAACUGGGAACAACAACUGCCACGUGUUGAAUGCCGAAAAAGGCCUUGUGGGCAUCCUGGAGACAUCCAGUUUGGUUCUUUUGAACUCAUUAAUGGAGACGAAUUUGUCUUUGGCUCUCGUGUUGUGUACCAGUGUGAUCCAGGGUAUCAGAUGCUCAGCCAGACAAAUUACCGAGAUUGUCGAGCAGAUGGGUGGAGCAAUGAUGUCCCACACUGUGAAGGUCAGUGGGCUUUCAAACAUAUUAUGCCAAUAAUUGUCACUUCGUCUUGU